AUGGCGCGCCCCCCAGCCUCUCCCCCCAAGUCGACGGAUGAUACCUUCAACGCUACGACUUAUGGUCCAACAUGUCCCCAAUCCAUCACGAAUGAGUUCUUCUCCCGGGAAGAUGAAGAUUGCCUUAAUCUCGAUAUCUGGGCUCCCUCUUCUGGGACGAACCUUCCCGUGUUCGUAUACAUGUACGGCGGCGCCAUGGUAACUGGAUCCAACAGUAAUCCCCAAAUCCAAGGGACGAAUUUCGCGAGGGAGGGGGUGGUGUAUGUGAAUUUCAACACGAGGGAGAGCGUUUGGGCGAGUGCGAAUUCGAAGGAGUCGGAUGGGGAAGAGGUGCAGAAUUUUGGGAUGUUGGAUGUGGAGAUGGUGAUGGAGUGGGUGCAUGAGAAUAUCGAGGCCUUCGGCGGCAACGACUCCCACAUCGUCUUCGCCGGCCACUCCUCCGGCUCCGUCCACGUCGACUACUACCUCUGGCGGCACCCCGCUACAUGGCUCGCAGGUGCCGUGGAAAUGAGUGCCAACGCUCUCUCCGGACCGGCUUACGCCCCACCCAACUCCGCCCUCGACAUCGUGGCUGCAGACGUCGGAUGCCCCGUCUCCCUCUCCAACCAAACCCACAGCCAGCUAUCCUGCCUCAAGGGAAAGAGUAUCCACGACCUCCAAACCACCCUCUUCAACACGAGCACCAAUACCCUCUCCACCCCCACAAUCGACAGCACAACCCUCUUCCCCUCCUCCUCCUCCACCUCCUUCACCACCCGCCCCACCCCCCUCCCAACCAGCAACCCCGCCAACCAACAAAAGGCCUCAUCUUCAGCACCAUCCAUCUCCACCCCCUCAAACAACAACCCCACCACCUAG